CCGUGGGUUCGGGUUCAAAAUACGGCGAAACUACGAAACUUAUAUUGCAAAUUAUUGCAUCAAUAAUGUAGGAAACCGUUCAGUGAUUAAAUAUGGUGUUUUUAACAAUCCGCAGGUUUUCUGAUAUACUAAUGUGUCGCUACUGUUUUCAUCAUGAAUAGGAGUUCGCUGGGGAGCUCGUCACCGCAAAGGGGUGCAGCUCCCCAACCCCCAUAUCCGGGGAGCUGUCUCCCGCCCCGAGCAGUCGCCCCCGACACCCCGCCCCCGCCCCCUGAUGAGAAAUGUGGCGGAAGACUGGAGGGGCUGUUAGCACAAGCAGACGAAAUCCUUCUUAAGGCUGAAUAUGAUACUUAUACACCAGACCGUCUUAGUACAAGGACCGAGACGGACGGUGGGAUUGGACCCGGCUCAAGACCAAGGAUGGAGGACGGAUCAGCAGGACCUAAACCAAGGACAGAGGACGGUUCUCCGACGAUGUCCGAAAGACUGUUGUCCUUGUACGCGAUUGAGGCGGGGAAAGAAACACGAAGUUCUCAUCUGAAAUUGGCCUCUAACCUCCUGGAUAGAUUAAUGACGACCUCCCCAUUCUCUAGACUUGUCCUCACACUUAAUCAACAGGACGGGUAUGUACUGGGAUUAAUGUCCAGUAGUCUGGUAUACUCGGAGCUCGUAAAGUUCUCCUACCAGGAUACUCACCUACUCAACAGUAUUGAUAACGAGGAGAUACCAGUGAUUAUAGCAGACCUACUGCAAGAUUUAAGCCAAAACUUGUUCCACGGGGGGUGUAUAGUUUGUGAAGUACGUGACCACAGAGGCGGAGGGGGCGGGCCCUGGGGCGGAUCCCGCUUUGUACUUCUCCGCCCUACAACUCAAAGUAUUAUCUGUGAUAGUGUGAGGCUGGGGAAGGAAGGGCUGGGUAGGGUUAAUAGUGAAGAUAGAAACAGUAUAGAGAGUCAGAUUAUCCCUAAAAUUGUUAUGCUUAAUGUAUAA